AUGGCAGAAGUGUUCCACGCGAACAUAUUCAGGCUACACGGAAUACCAGAAAUUAUAAUUAGUGAUCGAGACAAGCUAUUUACAUCGAUAUUCUGGCAGACGUUCUAUAGCCUGACUGGUACUGAGAUCAGAUUAUCGUCCGCAUUCCACCCACAAACGGACGGGAUGACGGAACAAUUAAUACAAAGCAUGUCAGGAAUAAUAUGCGUGUGUGUAAACCCGGCCCUGAGGGACUGGGCACUCAAGCUACCCAGCAUAGAGUUUGCAAUCAACUCAGCGAGGUCAGAAACCACGGGAUUCAGUCCGUUUUUGCUGAACUACGGACGCGUACCUAGACCAAUGUUAGUGAGAACCGGGACGGACAUGCACGGCGUGCGCGAAGCAGCGCGUAAUAUCAAAUACGCACUAAUGAUAGCGCACGACGCAAUCAUAGGAGCGCAUGUGAGCCAGAUGGUUGAGUCAAAUCAACACCAAAGGCCAUCACCCUUCAAGCAGGGCAAUCGGGUCUACGUGAGCACAAAGAAUAUGCGCGUACCAAUGGGAAAGCCCCACAAGCUAUUGGCACAAUGGAUCGGGCCGGUAGUAAUUGAUGGAGUGGUAAAAGAAGGAGCCACCUACCAUGUGGAGCUCCUGGAGGACCUCAGGCGGCGCGGGAUCAAGGCAAUAUUCCAUGCGUCGCUACUCAAGCCGCAUAUACCCUACAAGGACCGCAGGUUCCCAGGGAGGAACUACAAGCAAAUCGCAUCGUUGGAAGCCAAUGACAACGAAUGGGCAGUAGAGAAAAUAGUAGGGCAUUGUGGCAAGGGCAGUAACGCGGUGUUUGAGAUAGUGUGGCAAACUGGGGACCGCACUUGGGAAACGUACCGUGUGGUCAGGCACUUAGAAGCACUCAAGCAAUACUUCGAAGCCAUAGGGGUCAAACAAGCUAGGGACCUACCUUGGGCGGAAGGAGGAGACACACCCUAUGAUGAGCUUAGUGAUAGCGGGUCUGAAACCCUGGAGGGCGCAAGCAUACGCGUACUUAAGGAGGGAGACCCAGAGUACAAGCACCUCACCACACCACUGUUGAAUAUCAAGCUCACUGAAUUACUAUCACUAUACAAAAGAUGCCCCACGGCCGACGCCGGCAACGCAGUCGGGACCACGACCGACAACGAGACAAACCACCAGCGUAUCAACAGGACCAGUACGACCAAGUCGAUCCUGGGUUACUGCGGCUGCUCAACACCGUCGCACAGACCAGCCUCGAAACCGUCCAAGCCCGUAACCCCCAAGUACAGCGAAGAGGCCGACGAGGGGGCAUGGGGCCACGCCCAAGAUAUCAGCACCAUUACCCGCACGUUGGUAGAGGGCAGAUGGACCUGUACAAAGGUAUUAUUGGCGUCAGUAUUCCCAAAACGGCCAACUCUAGCAUGGGUGAACGUCAGACUCACAGACUACGCACAGGAAGGCGCUUUAGACGAAGAAGAACUCAACCUAGUGCUAGGCCGAGGAGUAGAUCGUCCACACGUAGCGCCUCGACUGAGCGAGGCCGUAGCCGGUCAACUACCAGGGGAAGGAGCCUCUCCCCCGAGCGGAACGGAAGUGAACGACGAGGAAGAAAGCGAUACCCGAGCCUCUACCCCUUCGAAUUCCCGGAGCGCUAGCCGAUCCAGCUCCGACGACGCUACCGGAUCCGACCGAGAGAGUACCGCUGAACCCACCACUCCGAACGGCGCCGGACCCGAACCAGAGGGGCGCGAUCGGGCUCCAAAUCAACGAUCUGUCGUCGAAGGUAACCCGAGCUAUCAGAACCGUCGAGAACUUGAUAUCAGUGACCGAGACCCUCAACGAGCGCGUCAAGAGGACUCACCAGCGCGUCGUGGACAGGGAGUGGGACAUCAUGGAAGACAUGUCAAGGAUCGUACUACGGGCUCUAAGGAUAGGGGACGAACCAAGGAUCGGCGACGCGAGCUACCCUCAGGAACUACUAAGGCGAGCCUACCCGGUGCCCCCGUACAUGCCGGAGACCACGGAACGAGCGAUCGACGACCUCAUACUGGGGAUCGAGGAACACUGGUCGACAAUCAGGGGGAACAAGGCGACUUUGAGACACUACGUGCUGUCGCGGCUCCCGAAUCCAGCGUCGGAGAAGACGAGGCCGAUUCCAACGACGGAAGUGACGGCGGGCCCGAGCCAUCUGCAACAGAGCGAGACGAUCCAGACGUUAGGGACGCAACCGACCACGUCGCCAAGUGGACGACCCUCGGACCCGACGUCGAGAUGCGCGACGCCGGGAACGGACUCAAGACCCUCGAGCCGGAACAGCCUUGCGUCUCACCACGCAAGCUCGAGCUCAAGCGAUCGUCGGUACGUAGAAGGUCUGAUCGAGUCGAAAGGAAAGGGGAAGGGAAGGGCACCGGAGGAGACGGAGAAAAGUGA